AACAAUUUGAGAUUAGUGACUCAAAAGAUAUGACAUAAAGUAUGUCAGAAUGAAAAAUAUGUUCUUCGAGAUAUAAUAUGAGACUUUACAAAAACAUUUAUAGAAACGACAUCGUGUUAUCUUAUCUUUAAGUUGUUAUUGGGAUAUUAAUUGCAUAACAACACGUUAUAAGUUUUGGUAUGUGAGUAAUGCGUGUAAUACUGAGACCGUUAGCUAUAUUUAGGCAGGCGGCGCAGACGAGUAGCGCUGUUCACUUGAAGAAUACGUUUACAACAGCAUUAGUCUGGAGAGCCAUGGAAGAUAAAGAGGCUUUAAAAAAGCGUUUAACACCACUGCAAUACCAUGUUACUCAAGAAGCUGGAACAGAGAGGCCCUUUACAGGUUGCUUUAAUAAAUUUUAUGAGGAAGGCCUAUAUGUGUGUGUAGUCUGUAAACAAGACCUAUUUACCUCUAAAACCAAAUUUGAUUCUGGUUGUGGAUGGCCUGCGUUCAAUGAUGUCCUAGCAAAAGAGAAAGUUACCCUUCAUCAGGAUACUAGUGCAGUUGGGGCGAAUAUAUUACUGGUUUUAACACGACCAGGUAUGGUGCGAACUGAGGUGCGGUGCUCCAAGUGUUCGGCUCAUCUGGGCCACGUAUUCAAUGAUGGGCCGGCACCCACCAAGAAACGGUUUUGUAUUAAUUCAGCAGCACUGGACUUCAUACCAGCUGAGGACAGAAAGGAUUAGCGCAUGAUGUUUAAUUUUAUACCAAACAAAAUUUUAUAAAAAAAAAACCUAUAUUCACGGUUCGUUUUACAAUUAAUACAGCCAUGAAAUUACUUUUAGAAAUAAAAUUAUUUUAAAUGAUGCUUGUCAAUAUUCACUACAUGUUAUUAUUUGUAUAGAUAAUUUAAUUUGAUAAUUUUAGUACAGUUUUUAUCAUUAGAAUUGGUCAAAUUGUUUUGAAAUAAGAUUAUAGAAUGUCACUUAAUAAAAGUAGUCAGUAGGUAUUAUUUAUGAUUUGUUAAGUUUCUAUUUUCAUCAUAAUAUAUUUUUAAUUAAUGUGAAUAGAGUAUCGAUACACAAUAUUAAAGCAUAAAAUAAUACGCACAAUAGGAAUGCUUAGGAUUAAAAUUAAAGUAUAAAAUAAAGUAUAAUAUAUUAAGAAAUCCUCUUUCAAUAAGGAAAUUGACAUUAAUCCACUCUUGCAUAAGAGAGAAGACAGUUUCGUUUUUUGCAGAUUUUUUUCUAGAAACAUGCUGGUUUCCUAAAUAUGUAUUUUUCAUCGUUAAUAUUUUGAAUAGACAGAUUAAAUACUUAAGGAUCUUAAAUCAGGAAGUUGAUAAAACCUACAUUUCGUAAAUGGUUGUUACGCCAAACAAUUGAGGUUUUUCUAAUAUUUAAUUUGAUCUCGUUAAUGUUAUGAAUGUGAAAGUUAACCUGUCUGUUUGUUGCACUUUCACGGCCAAAUCACUGAACCGAAUUUAAUUAAAUUUUAAGCGAGCUUUAAACUCCUAAAGGACAUAGGCUACAUGCUUUUUAACACCUCUCGAUCGACCCCUUUAACGCGAGUGAAUCGAUAAAGUCGAUUUAGUCUAAUAAGAAUUACGCAGCAUGUUUAUUUAUUUGUGUAUCGAUGCUCUAUGUCUGAGAUGUCACCGACAUACCUAUUUUGUGAAAUUAUACUUAUUUUUGUGUACUACGAUGAAGUUACCAUACAGAGUCAUUUUUUCUUUGUUGAUAUUUUAUUUGUUUGCAUUACUUUUAUAUAUAUUUCCUGUAUUACAUGGAUAGUACAAAUUAAUAAAGAAUGUGUGUAUUUUUUGUGUCGCGGCUAUUACUAAAAUAUAUAUUUUUGACAUGA